CUAUGGCUUUGCUAAGUGUCAAUGUCAAAAACUGUCAUUUCUCUUUUUCUGUCAACUGUUGUGUUAGGCAGGUUAUUUCACAAUGGCCAAACGUACGAAAAAGGUUGGAAUUACCGGUAAAUAUGGAACUCGUUAUGGAGCUUCAUUGCGUAAAAUGGUCAAAAAGAUGGAAGUGACACAACACGCAAAGUACACUUGCUCUUUCUGUGGAAAGGAUGCCAUGAAACGAUCUUGUGUGGGCAUCUGGUCAUGCAAACGCUGCAAGAGGACAGUGGCCGGCGGUGCAUGGGUCUUCUCUACCACAGCUGCGUCAUCCUGCCGUUCAGCAGUCAAGAGGUUACGUGAAGUCAAGUAAACACCUAGACUAAGUUAAUAAACAUUUAAAAACUA